CCUGUAUCUUAUACUUUUGUCAGUUUGGCAUUGUUUAUGAAAUUUGUUUUAAAUAAGAGUCAAAAUUAUUUUUCCAAAUUUUCAAUGGCUUUUGCUCAUGCAGCUCUGGUCAAAACAAAAAUUCCAAAUGAAGACCUUUUGGACAAAUUUUUUCCCUGUCGAAAAGUGGCAAAAGUCCAAAAAAUGAUUCAAAAACCUGAAAAAGACGCCAUAGAACUUUUUAGGCCUCCUUCGGGGUAUUGUUUGGACUAUAACAUUUCACAAACAUACGCAAAAUUUGAUGUGGGUGACAAAAAGGUUUCUGUCAGGCAAACCACUGCUACGUAUGUUACAGCAAAAAAGCCUAAAAUUAAAAGAAAAGUUUCAUAUUCGCACAGCAGACCUCCUUGUUAUGAGUACCAAAAUGAAAUAAUAAACAGAAAAAUUGAUAAACAGCAGGAAUUUUUGAAAGCCCACGUUUUUGAUGCACAAAGGGAAAAGCAACAAGGAAGAAAAAAGAAAUCUGAUAAUAGGCAUGCAAUUCUACAAGAAAUGGCAGGGCCAGAGUGGUUCCAGGAACUCUCUCCAAAACAAUUAGUACUUUUGGAAACUUUAAGAAAAUGUAUUGAGUAUGAUUUGCUCUGUAAUUCAAUAGAAAGGUGCAAACAUUUUGUGGCAAAAUUAGGUUUGGUGCUUCGACCAAAUCCUAAAUGCAUUGAAAAGGCUUUGAAAUUGAGUUGUGGCGUGCCCGAGGAGUUUUUGUUGCAGCUUUAUAAUUUUAUUAAUCCUAAAAGGACUCAGUAUUCUAUUAAUGAUAGGUUGUUAAUUUCAUCAGUUGUUCAUUUAUCAAUGGAAAAUACUUUGAGGGAAUUACACGUUCGAAUACCCUCACCACCUAAAAAAUCAGAACUAGAAAAGCCACCACGAAAAAAUAGUAAAAAUCCUUUACGAACAAAACGAACAAUUCCUAAAUCACCAUAUUUGGAAAGGGUAGUUUUUAAAAUGACACCAAAAAAACAUUGCCGCAUAAAAAGGAUAUUUAGACCAUACAUACCAUACUUUAACUAUAUUCCAAACAUGAGGAAGGAUAUUAAAAACAAUACAGAUAUAUUUGAAAUUAAAAUUGAUGAUAUUAAAGAUGAAAAAGAAUUGGAAUUAAUUGAGGAAACAAAGGUAGCUCAAGUUACUUACAAUGAAACAAAUCAGAUCGAAAAAGGCGUUAACCUAUUAAAACCAUCAAUUUACGUUCCGGAAUUACUUUGUAAUACUGAGGGAGCAGAGGAUAAAGAUAACAAAGUCAACAAAAAAGAUGUAAAGCACAAAAAAAAAAUAAAAAAACCCAAAAAAUUUAAAUCCAAGUCUAAGAAAGAUAUAGAUAACAAUGGCUCGGUUAAAGGAAAAUCCACCAGUCGAAAAAGGAAAUCUCUUGAAAAGAGAGCGGACGAUACCUUGUUUAAAGAUGCCCUUAAUCAAUGUAAUACACUAAAUACUGAAGAAACGGAAAUUAAGGAAAUAAUAUCAGAGGAAAAAAAGGAAAUUCCCUGCUGGACCAAACCACCAGAUUUAAAAUACCCCGACAAAUGUUUAUGCUACAUGCCCAACACAAGUGCAUCACCUGUAAUAGGAGGAGGCAAAUUGACUCCAAGCGGUCACAUGAUACCAGUUAUACAGGGUAUACGAGAAAAUAAAUGCGAAUGUCUGAAUCAUUACAAUAAAGAAAUAGAAAAAUGGGAGAAGGAAAAGGUCUUGGCCAAAACAAGAUUAAACAUAAAAAGUCAAGAUAGUAAACUUAUGGUAGUGGGUGUGGUUUGCACUCCGGAAGGACCUAUUUAUAUACUGGGAGGUGUUGUUAAUCCUACUUAUAACAGAGAAGGUUUUACUCUAGAAGAUUUUCGCAAAGAAUUGGCCACUUUUGAUGUAAAAAAUUUUGACGAUGUGAAGGAUAAAGUGCCUGAGAACGCUAUUGUAAAAAAACCUAAGGAACCUUGCGAAAGACAAUGCGAUUGUAAAAACGAAAGCAAAAAGUUUAUCGAUAGACAGUGUAAAUGUGAGCAAUGCCAAGCGACUGACAGGAGAAAAAAUCCGUUCUUUGUAAGUGGUGGAACACUAGAAACGUCCGAAGGAAUUGUACCUAUUAUAAGCGGGGUUUGUAUAAGAAGAUGUAAGUGUUUGGAUGAAUAUAAUAAAAGGAUAGAGGAGUUUGAGUAUAGUAAAGCUAUGAAAUUGGCUAAAAGGGCGUUAAGAGAACAAAAAGAAGUAAAACAUGUUAUUGGAGGGGUUUCAAUUACAAAAGAAGGUCCUGUUUUUAAUAUAACGGGUAUUAAACCUAAGUUAGAAUGUAAAUGCAAAGACAUAUACUUUAAUAAGCUUGAAGAGUCCAAUCAAAGACAAUCAAACUAUGUGGACGAUAAUUUUUUUGUAAGUUUGGAAAACCCACCACCUAAACCUAAAAUCGUAUCCAACGAAUGCAGAGUUUGUAGAAAACAUUACGAAAACUUUGUUCAAAAACAAUGCAAUUGUGCCAAAUGUAUAGCCAAACGAAAUAUGGAAACAGGAACGAUGAUUUAUUCAGGUACUUCGGUUGAUCCAUGCGGUAGAAUCAUACCAAUUGUAGGUGGCAUGAAGCAACCAACUUGUUCGUGUUUUAAAGAAUAUCAAGAAAGAAUCAAAGAGUACGAAUAUGCUUUAUGUGGAAGGGACAAGAUUAGGGAAUUAAGAAAACAAAAUUUAAUCAUAAAUGGAAUUUUACAAGGGAAAGAUUGCCCUGAAUAUGUAUUGGGUGGAGUAUAUCAAGGAAAAGAUAGAUUUUGCUCAAGUGAUGAUUCAACAGAAUUUUUUAUAUCCCAGGAAGAUAAACAAAUAAUGGAAGUUUGCAAAUGUAAGGAUGCUUUACAAAAAUUUUUCUCGAAAAAAUGCAGGUGCAAAAAAUGUAUAGAGACCAGAAAAAGGAAAAAAAUGAUGCCUGACAUAUCUGAGAAAAGCAUUAAAAGUGAAACUGUUUCUAGUGAUGAUUGCUUUAAGUUUAAGCCCAAAACCACAGAAGAAGACUGUUUUAAAUAUAAAGGCGAUGUAGAUGAAAAUACUGAAGAUAAUAAUAAUUAUACUAACAAUUAUUUUACUGAUUAUAAUAAUUAUAAUACCAAUUAUAAUAAUUAUCAUAGUGGUUCAUUUGGAGGAAGCAAUGCCGAUUACUCUUUGGAAGGUUCAUUUAAAAAAGAAAGCACUGAAGAUUUUUACGAGGAAAAAAAAUGUCCAUGUCUAUUAAACUAUGUGGAAAAACUUCAAUUUUACGAAGAAUAUAAGAAACGAAUGGCGGCCAUGAUGAAAAUAAAAUCGCAAAGUGACAAAUACGUUCUUGGCGGUGUCGUCAACACUAAAAACGGACCAGUCUAUUUGAUCUCAGGUAUACGUAAAGAACCCGAUUGCAAAUGUGCAAAAGUAAUUAAAAAACAACUGGAAAAUAAACAAAUGGUUGCCAUAAUGCCGAAUAAACCAGGCGGGAGAGUGACCUACACGAUUUCCGGUGUAAAAGAGACACCAAACGGAAACGUUUUUAUUCUAUCCGAAGCGAAGGAUAUUCAGGAGUGUCCCUGCAUGGAAAUGUUCAGGAAAUUUGAGGCUGCACACACUUUUUGUUCGGAUUUCUACGAUAAAUACUUAAAUCAAAUGGAGGAUAAUAUAAAGGACUACCUAUUGGAGUUGGAUCAUCAAAGGGAAAUAUACAGAGAGGAAAAGGAAAUCGAAAGGAUAGACGGAAAUAUACAACAAAUAAACUUCUUUGUAGAUGAAUGCAAGAAGCUUAUAAAAGAUAACGAGUUAUUUAUGAAGCCUGAGGAUGUCAUACCGCCAUUACCUUUUGAAGUUAAUGCGGAUUGUUUAUAUCCAAAAAUUGUAGAGGUUGAAGAUGAUGUGGAGGAGGAACCAGUAAAUACAAGACAAUCUUCAUCAAGUUCUAGAAAAAGAAAAUCUUCGGAAGUAAGGACAUCACAAGAUUUCGAGGUAAAACAUAAAAAGUCUAAAUCAGAGAAAACCAACCCACAAGAUAAUAAAAAGCUCGAAUCGGAGGAUAGUAGACUAUCUAGCUCAAAAAAAGAUAAAAAUUCAGAGGGUUUCAAUAAAAGACGAAAGAGCCCUGCAGAGCUAGAAGGAAAAGAAAGAAAAAUGUCGAUUAAUCCUAACUCCAAGUUAAAGAGAUUUUUUAUAUCAAAGAAUUUUCCAAAGGACCCAGUGGAGCAAAUGAAACUACUUAAGGAUGCCUUGGAAACCUUAGCAGAGGACGGUUUUUACAUAGCUAAAUUGCCGGAUUGUCAUAAAUUACCACAUUUUAAAUUAUGGCUGGAUUUAAGAUCAGGAAAAACAUGGACCCCCAAAGACUCAUUGAACUAUUGGAGCCGCACAAAAUCACUUACAAAUCUUCACAUAGAAUAUUGCUACGAUUUAAAUGAAAUAAGCGUACCAUUAUCAAAGCAACAGCUAAAAGAAGCCACUUGGAGAAAUUCACAAUAUUAUAAAGCAUUAAUUGCGAAACUACAAAAUGAAUUCUACAGAAAAACUAAACAAAGCAUUAUAAAUAAUUCAAGAGAAUUUUAUCCAGCACUGUUCUUGUACGAAUUUUAUUCGGAAAGAAUCCGAAACACAUUUUUUGCAUUUACCCCAGCUAAGGAAGAAGAAGUUUUUCCUUAUAGAAUUGUUCAAAUGCACGAAUUUUUUAAAAAGAACAAAUAAAUUAUUAA